AUGUUCAUUCAUGACCGUCAACUUCCUGUUUUGGAUUUCAUUCUUAGUUGCAUUGAAGUUCACGUAGAAUUCACCGCGUGUACACCACUUGUCUGUAUAUUUGCAAGACACACAUUUUUCAAUGAGUGUAUGACCUCAUAGGUAAGUGUCUUCCCCUGUCAAUUAACUGGAAGACCGUAUUUGCUCACGUUAACAUCGGUUUCAUACUCAGACGAUAGACAUAAGGCAGCCAGCUGUCAGGUAGCCAGCAGUGCUACUGUCAUCUACAGUGACAUAGCCGCGUACCUUGCUGAACGAAGAUACAAACGUGCUUAUCAGACAAAGCCAUGGCGAACCUGCUUUCCCUGCAGUUCAGUGCCUCUCUCAGACACACGGGCAGGCUAGUGUCUCCUAGAGCCGCGUCCUUGACUCAGAGACGCUUCAAACAGGACUCUUCUGCAGAGUACCUUCACAAAAGCAUUGUACCCUCAAUGCAUUACCAAAAGAGUCUGCCUAGACUACCUGUUCCCAAACUAGAAGAUACCAUCAGAAGAUAUUUAGCGGCUCAGAAACCACUGUUGGACGAUGACCAAUUCAGGACCACUGAGAACUUGGCCAAGGAUUUUCAGAGUACGACAGGGAAGACCUUGCAUGAAGAACUGGUGGCCCAGGACAAGAGCAACAAGCACACCAGCUACAUCUCAGCGCCAUGGUUCGACAUGUACCUCUCGGCCCGGGAGUCUGUGGUGCUGAACUUUAACCCCUUCAUGUCCUUCAACCCGGACCCCCGGAGCGAGUACAACGACCAGCUGGUCCGCGCCACCAACGUGGUGUGCUCGGCCGUGCGCUUCAUGAAGACCCUGCGGGCGGGGGUCCUGGCCCCCGAGGUCUUCCACCUCAACCCGUCCAAGAGCGACACGGACGGCUUCAAGAGGCUGAUCCGCUGGGUGCCUUCCUCGCUGUCCUGGUACGGGGCCUACAUGGUGAACGCCUAUCCCCUGGACAUGUCCCAGUACUUCCGCCUCUUCAACUCCACCCGCGUGCCUAAGCAGGGCCGGGACGAGCUAUUCACAGACGCAAAGGGGCGGCAUCUGCUGGUGAUGCGGAAGGGCAACAUGUACUCGUUCGACGUGGUCGACCCCGACGGCAACAUGGUGAGGCCUGCCGAGAUCCAGUCCCACCUGAACUACAUCCUGGCGGACGAGAGCCCGGCCGCGGCCCACCCUCUUGGGGUGCUGACCAGCGAGAACCGGGACGUGUGGGCAGGGCUGAGGGACAAGCUAGUCGCCGCGGGCAAUGGCGAGACACUGCGGGAGGUGGACAGCGCGCUGUUCUGCCUGUGUCUCGACGACGAGGACAUGCGCGACCACAUCCACACCUCCCACAACAUGUUGCACGGCGACGGCUGCAACCGCUGGUACGACAAGUCCUUCUCAGUGGUGCUGGCCCGGGACGGCCAGACCGCCAUUAACUUCGAGCACUCGUGGGGCGACGGCGUGGCCGUGCUGCGCUUCCAGAACGAGAUCUUCAAGGACACCACGGAGCAGCCGCUGGUCCACCCGGGCUCCGCCCCCACCGGCGCCGACUCGGCGGCCGCGGUGCGCAGGCUCCGUUUCCACCUCGAUGACGCGCUGCGCGCCGGCAUCGACGCCGCCAAGGAGAACUUUGACGCGGCCGUGUCCGAGCUCACCAUCGACGCCUUGGAGUUCAAAAAGGGCGGGAAGGAGCAGCUGAAGAAGCAGAAGCUGAGCCCCGAUGCGGUGGCCCAGCUGGCGUUUCAGAUGGGCUUCCUGCGGCAGUACGGCCACACGGUGGCCACGUACGAGUCCUGCAGCACGGCCGCCUUCAAGCACGGACGCACCGAGACCAUCCGCCCGGCCACGGUACACACCAAGCGCUGCGCCGAGGCCUUCGUCCAGCGGCCGGGGGAGCACAGCGUGGAUCAGCUGGUAGAGAUGCUGAAGGAGUGCUCCAAAUACCACGGGCAGCUCACCAGGGAGGCCGCCAUGGGUCAGGGUUUCGACCGCCACCUCUUCGCUAUGCGCUAUCUGGCCAACACUAAAGGGCAGGCCCUCCACGACUUAUACAAGGACCCGGCGUACGCGGCCAUCAACCACAACGUCCUGUCCACCAGCACCCUCACCAGCCCGGCCGUCAGCCUGGGCGGCUUCGCGCCGGUCGUCCCAGACGGCUUCGGCGUAGGCUAUGGUGUCCACGACGACUGGAUCGGCUGCAACGUCUCCAGCUACCCAUCCCGCGACGUCCACGAGUUCCUGCGGUGUGUCGACAAGUCUCUAGAGGACAUCUUCACUGUGUUGGAGGGGAAGCCCAUCAACUAAAAUGGCUGCUUUAGCAUCAGCUUCUUGAUGAUUUUGAAUAAUGGGACAAACGAUGCAGUGAUUGUGAAAAAUGGUAGGGUUAGUAUGAGAUUCAAUGUUUUGGGUCUGCUAUGGUAAUAUUUAUUUAGAUAUACUUUAAGUUACUGUAAAAUGAAUUGACUAAAUUUAGAACUUGAUAUCAUAUUUAUAAGUGGCUUACUGUAAAUGUAUUGACUAGCUUCUGACAAAGUCAUGCAUUGAAAUACUAGAAACCAUAAAAGCCUUAGUGAAACGUAAAUAUUGUUGACAUUGACCAUACUGGACGACUAGUUUGACAUGAUAUGGCUAGGGUAUCGAGCCUUAGUCAGGGAAAGAAACACGAGUUACCGCCAUUCAGAUUCUAUGCUACAUUUCCAUAUAAAGCUCUCCAUGUCACAGGUACAUACUUCCUUAAAAGCCUUGUGCUUUUCUGAAAUGGGCAGAAAUAAAAUAAUUCUAUUUUGUAAAA